GGAGCGGUUUUCCCGUUACGGACACGCGGUCCCUCGCAACGUCACUUUGUGGUGCGGCGUCGAGUUAAUCGCUCGUAUUGCCGCGAAAUCGAAACCGUUCCGUUCGUCGUAGGCGCACACGUUCGUCGUUACGGUCGGUAAGCACAUUAGCAACGGUUACAACGUUCGAUUUUUCAAAUGCGAUCGAAGACACGUAAGAGAUUUCGUUCGCCGUGAUCCACCGUCUCGAAAUUCAUUUUUCGAAUUAUAUAAUCGUCGUAUUCAAGUGGCCGAUCGGUUGUGCGGUCGUUCGAUCGAUCGAUCGAGUCCCGUACGCCGAUCGGAAGUCCAUCGUUCACCGUUUUCCCGAUCGAUCGUCGAUCGGACAAUUCCGUCUCGAACCGGUGGAAUAGAUCGAAGUGAAAAGAGACGCGGGGAUUCGAAAUUCCCGUGUGAAGUAUAAUCGAUUAAUUUCGACAAAAAUAAAAAAGUGCUCGUGAAAGAAGGUGGGGGAGGGGGAGAGAAUUGGAAUGAAGCGAGGAAUUAAAUAUCACGUGGUAUCGAUAAUUGAGGGAUCGAGAGACAUUUAGAGGCAUUUAGGAAUCAGGUAUGCAUUACAACGGCCAAGGGAUUUUGGAAGACUCGUAUCUGCGACAACGACAACAGCAAGAUCAUCAUCAUCAUCAUCAUCAUCAUCAUCUUCAUCAUCAUCAGCAGCAGCAGCAGCAGCAGCAACGGCAACAGCACACCGCUUACGAGAUUCGACGGAAGAUUCGCGAUCGAAGUUGUUCACCGAGUUGUUCGGAUGAAGUGCGGUCACCUGGUUCCGAAGUGAGGGGAGGAGAGACGGUCGGAUCGCCGGAAAAUAUACGUUUGAUCGAAAACGGCUCUCCCCCGGAGCUCGAAGACGAAUCUCGAAUGUCGAGGUAUCGCGAGGAAAAUGAGGCGAAAAAACCUUCGUUCUCGAAGCAGGAAAACGAGCAGGCGGCCAGUUUUUUUCGGGACCCGAGCGAAGAAACGAGUGUAAAGUGUUUCACGGAGGAGAUGGUGUCCGCGGCUCGCUACGGGGAGCCGGAUAACUCGCCGGGGAGGAUCUCCCCGCAAGAGUACGCGGUUCACCCGACCGAGAGCAGACGUCACAGCUCGUUCGGUAAGACAUCUUUCUGCAUCGACGCGCUCCUCGGCCGUGCGAGCGGGAAGCAGCAGGAGAAUCUCGAUCACGAACGACCUGAACGGAAUCAAAGAUUGUUAUUCGGCACGAGGAAUUCCGUGAUCGACUCGAAUUCUUGCCUGGCCAACUCGAUAAUCGGUGCCCACGACCGGGAAUCGUCCUCCUCCGCUCUCGGCGGUAUAAGUGGUGGUGGGAUCGCGGGUACUCGUGGUUGCACCGGUGCAGGUGGUGAGAUCGAGACUGGAACUGGAGUUGGAAUCGGAGUCGGGGUUGGGAUUGGAAAUGGAACAACGCUUAUCGGUACAGCAGCAAGAACGGAUGAUCGGGCAUCGUCCCUCGGCAAUCUUUUGUCGAACAAUCCGUUCGACAGAUCCGUCGUGCAGCACGAUCUGUCCUCGCCAUCCAACCUGCAAGUUAUUCGCGAGGGGAGUAGCGACAGACAAGAUAUUCGUGAACGAUCCGGCCAUUUAUCCUCCUCCGGCAUCCGCGUCGAGUCCGUGGAAGAGUCGAAGCCAGCUUUUAAAGGGGAGAGCGCGGGGAACGGAGGGUUUCGCGUCGAUCGUUUCGAGAACAUCGAGGACGAGGCCUCGAUCGAGGUUGAUCCGACGAGAACAGGAAGCGCGAGUUCAGGAGGGAGUAACGCGAGCCACAGUCCUGUCUCGAGCCCACCGAUCUCGCCAGGAUCGGAGGAGCCGAGUGGCAACGCUAUCCCUGGUAAUCCGAAUUUACCGAGCGGUCAUUAUGGCGCGCUUGGCAGCAGUACAGGGGUAACUCGACAGAAUCAAGCUCUUCUCUUACAUCCGAGUGGUCCCCUCAUACAUCCCGGAGGAUUAUAUUAUCAUCCUGCGGGCGGUAGCGCGUUUCAUUCGAUACACAAGGAAGGACAACCCGUCGGACAUUCGCAGAGUGCCGGUGCUCAUCCUCAGCAGCAUCACAUCCAUCCACUCCAACUCGAGUGGCUUGCUAGGACUGGAAUGUUAUAUCCCAGAUUACCCGCCGAUUUAGCCGGUUGCGCGGCCCAACAUGCUCUUCUUGGAAAGACCAGAAGGCCGAGGACCGCUUUCACGUCGCAACAGUUGCUCGAAUUGGAAAAACAAUUCAGACAGAACAAGUACCUAAGCAGACCGAAGAGAUUCGAAGUGGCCACCUCGCUAAUGCUUACGGAAACACAGGUGAAAAUCUGGUUUCAAAAUCGUCGAAUGAAAUGGAAAAGAAGUAAAAAGGCGCAACAAGAGGCACGGGCGAACAAUAAGGUGGAAGAUGGUGGGAAUGUGAGAAGCGGCGAGAGAGAAACAGGGAAUGAUCCGAAUCCAAAUUCGCCGAGUCCGCAGGAGGAUACCAAAGGAACGUUACAAGAAACGCAAAGAAACACGACCGAGCUUCAAGAGCCACUUUAUCGACCAUACGUGGUAUAAAAACAUUGACGAAAUAAUAAUGAUGUGCCAAAUAAGAACUAAAGAUAAGUUGCCAUUUUUCGCGUCAUUUUCAUCGCCGAUCAAAACACCAUCGGUCGAUAACUUUGAUACUUCGUGUGAUACCAAUCUUGUUCUUCUUGGGAUCGAAAUAUAUAUAUAUUUUUUUUUUUGGGAGAGGGUGGAAAGAAUUUCGCCCAAUCUUCGACGAGGGAGAACAAAGAGGUGUUGUACGUGGAAAACGAUUGGUUAGAUUUUCGAGGAAAAGAUCGUAAGAAUGAAAUCGCGUGCAUGAUGUAUAUAUAUAUAGUAUACAAGAAGUAUCGAUCAAGUACGUAAUACUGGUGUAACAUUGGAAAAUUUGUAUGUAAAUAUAGGGAACAAAACUAUAUAAUAAUAAAUUAUAGACGCAUAUUUAUACACGCAUAGGUAUAUACACGCGUUCCCUCGUGUCCAUGCCCGUGCUUGCACGCGAUCGCUGUUAUCAGGGGCGAUAAAGUUAGAAAAUUAAAAAUUUGAAUUUGACUAUUUAUCAUUCUUUACCACCUUGAAUUAUUUCGAGAUGUUUUACAUUACCGAAGGUUGGUAAAAAGAAGUGCGUUUUUAUCCGGUAUCACAAAAAAAAUAUGGCUUAUAUUAAUAAAUUGAGAGGACGAGCAAUCGCAGCAAUAGUUGUAUAAAAUCAUCGAUUAGAAUAAGUAUGAGGGAUUAGAAGAUUUUUGACCGUAACACUCUUCUCCAACGUUGCUCUAGAUCAUCCACAGACACUGGAAGACACGUACCUAUCUAUUUAUGAUAAAUUACAUAACUGUAAAUAAUAUUCGUAUACGUUUAGGUUAGAAAGUGCGAUGCGAGGAUAACGUCAUAUUAUGUCGCAACAAGUUCCUAAAAUAAAUCACAAAUAGAAGAAUAAAACGUAUGGACUUUGUUUAUUCCUUAUUCAUUUUUUUUAAAAUCUUGUUCGAUGCGUCGCAAACAAUGAAUCGAAACGUUGAAAAUUAAUUUCAUUACUUAACAUAACAAAAUUGUGCUUUUAGGUGUAUCUAUUUGUCUCUACUUACGUCGUUAAAUUCUAUAUACGUGCACAUGUAUUUUAUAUAGUUUUACAUAAGCGAAUCUUUAUUUCUGUAAAAGAAGAAGAAGAAGAAAAAAAAGAAACUUAAAAAUAUGUAGCCAUUCAAAGAAGACACGAUCAUAUGUUUCCCACUACAGCUCCCGCACGUAAACGAAGAAUCAUCAGUAUUUAUGAUAUGCUAAUUUCCCGUUACAAAUUCCGCGAUGUUUCGCGGAUGACUGCUCUUACCGGCUACAGCCAGUGGAAAAACCAUCCGUUUGGAAAACCAGUCGUCAACGAAGGAAUGGAAAGGAGCAGGAGAGAAGAGAAACUUGGCUAUGGGUAUCGUUCUUAAAUAAAAUAGAGAUCGGUUUCAUGACAGCAUUUUCGGUAAUCGUUAUGUUAAACGUAAAUUACUGUUGAUUCGAAUUGAGAAAAUUUGAUUAUAGAUAUUUAAGUAAGUACAUAUCCACAUACGCAGUACAUAUACAUAUACGUGAUUAUGUGGUAUGGUAUAUGUAUCGUGUGAUAAGAUCGUUUCUUCUUCGUAUUCUUUUUUACACAAUGUAGAGAUAUAUCUGAAAGAAGUAAAGAAAAAUUUGAAGGAUUGGAAUAAAAA